AUGUCCACAUCAGCCGUCACCAAGAAGCUCGUGGUCUGCGGAGGCAACGGCUUCCUCGGGUCAAGGAUCUGCAAGUAUGCCGUUGCGAGAGGCUGGGAUGUCACGUCAAUCAGCCGCUCAGGUGAACCCAAGUGGCAGGCAGUGACCUCAUCACCAGCCCCUCCUCAAUGGGCACACAAGGUCUCGUGGGAGCGUGCCGAUAUGCUCCGCCCCGCGACGUAUGCACCGCUCCUCAAGGGCGCCGACUUCGUCGUCCACAGCAUGGGCAUUCUCCUCGAGGCCGACUACAAGGGAGUCGUCUCUGGCCAGGAGUCACCCAUCUCCGGUCUCCAAAAGGCUUUUGCGCCCGUCAAGGACCGCGGCGUCGACCCUCUCAAAGGCCCCGAGGGCGCUGACCUCAAACCCACCAACCCCAAGGACCAAUUCACCUACGAGGUCAUGAACCGCGAUAGCGCAAUUGCCCUGGCCAAGCAGUCAAACGCCGAGAACGUGAAAGCAUUUGUCUACAUCUCUGCCGCCGGAGGUGCGCCUGUACUACCGGCGAGGUACAUCACCACCAAGCGCGAGGCAGAAAGCACAAUUGCCAGCGAAUUCCCGCGCAUGCGUGGCAUCUUCCCCAGGCCGCCCUUCAUGUACGACAGCUCGAGAAAGUUCACACUGCCUCUAGCUGCCAUGACGGGCGCUGGUGCUCUGUUCAACAAGCUGACUGGAGGCGUGUUGGGCAGCUUCAUGGGUGCAAGCGGUGUGAAGCCUUUGCCUGUGGAGUCCGUGGCAGAGGCAGUCGUAGAGGCACUGGAUGACACCAAGGUUCAGGGGCCUAUCGAAGUGCCUGAGCUCGAGGAGCUGGCGAACAAGGGAUGGAGAAAAACCAUGCUCUAG